AUGCGCGCUCUUAACGACAGUAUCGACAUCAUCGCGGAGAGAUUCGAGGCUUGGACACUUCGAAUGGAUGCCACACUACAAGACACACCAAUUCCUGAGAAGGCGAAGAUGGUUUCCAUCGAAGCAGCUAGGUGGAGAGCCCAGAAAUGCGAAUGGGAGGAGGAAUAUUUCACUUGCCAGGAGGAACUUGACGAUAUGGAGGUGCAACUUACGAUUCAACUCGAGAGACUGAGGGCUUUAAGGCAAACGUUGCUCCAUGGGCGUGUCAUCAAUAUGACUCGACUUAAGAGAUUGCCUCUGGUGGCUCUGGCCUCGCUUGCUCUGGCCAGCCAGGAUGCCUUCCAAUCCAAAUGUGCCGGGUUUGGUGCCCAAAUUGACAUUCCUGAUGUCAAGGUCAACUUUGUAGAGUUUGUGCAGGGAGGCACCGAUGUGUCUUUGGCUGGCAAUCCCCCGAGCUGUGGUAGAUUGAGCCAGGCGGUCUCGGUAGAUCUGUGCCGAGUCGCCAUGGCCGUGUCAACUUCCAACAGUGGCGAGAUCACGUUAGAGGCCUGGUUUCCUCGUGAGUACCAGAGUCGUUUCUUGAGCACUGGAAACGGCGGUAUUGCUGGGUGCAUUCAAUACUUUGAUCUCGCGUAUACCGCACAGUUAGGCUUUGCCGCGGUCGGCACGAACAACGGACACAAUGGUACCUCAGGAGAGGCUUUCUACCAUAACCCCGAAGUGAUCAAAGACUACGCAUACCGUGCUCUCCACACUGGAGUGGUUGUGGGCAAGCAACUCACCAAGCAAUUCUAUGAUCAGGGUUUCAAGAAGAGCUAUUUUCUCGGAUGUUCGACUGGUGGCCGCCAAGGUUGGAAGUCUAUUCAGAAAUAUCCCAAUGACUUUGACGGGGUAGUUGCUGGUGCUCCGGCUAUCAACUUUGUCAACCUGUCUUCAUGGAGGGCAAGGUUCUACCCUAUCACCGGUCCACCGUCUUCAGAAACGUUCCUGUCGACAGCUGAAUGGAAGAUUGUCCAUGAGGAAAUCCUCCGUCAGUGUGAUGCCAUCGAUGGCGCCGAGGAUGGAAUCAUCGAAGACCCAGAUCUCUGCCGUCCUGUCCUAGAAUCCUUGACUUGUGACCCCAGUGUGCCGAACAAGACAAGCUGCCUUACUAGCGCCCAAGUCAAUACUGUGGAGCAAGUGCUGUCGCCAUUCUAUGGACUCGACGGCACUAUUCUAUAUCCACGCAUGCAACCUGGCUCUGAAGUUCUCACGGCAACUACUUUAUACAAUGGCAAACCGUUCCAAUACAGCCAAGACUGGUUCCGGUACGUUGUAUACAAUGAUUUGUCUUGGAGCGGAGAAAGCUUCACAAUACAAGACGCCGCGGUUGCUCUCGCUCAGAACCCAUACAACAUCCAGACCUGGGAAGGGGAUAUAUCAUCUUUCAAGAAUGCCGGUGGUAAGGUCCUACACUAUCAUGGCCUCCAGGACCCAAAGAUCAGCUCCGAGAUCUCCAAGAUGUACUACUCCCACGUGUCGAACACCAUGAAGCUACCUCCCUCAAAGUUGGAUGAGUUCUAUCGCUUCUUUCAAAUCAGCGGCAUGGGCCAUUGCGGCGAUGGCGACGGCGCCAAUGGUAUUGGGCAUGGCACCAAUACAUACAAUGGAGUUCACCCAGAGGACAAUGUUCUUAUGGCCAUGGUACAGUGGGUCGAGGAUGGCAAGGCACCAGAUACUGUUCGGGGUGCGAAAUUUUCCAAUGGCCCUGGUUCGAAGAUUGAAUAUGAGCGCAGACACUGCCGUUGGCCACGCCGUAAUGUCUUCACGGGCCCCGGGGACUACAAAGAUGAGAAUGCUUGGGCGUGCAUUUAG